CAUUUUUCUCAUGUCAGCACUGUCGGCUCACUAACCAAUCCUGGGUUUUUGGCUUUAAAUCUCUGCUUCUGUCACGCGAAACUGCGUUUCAUAGUCAAGGCUACAGGAUCCCAAUCUUUUCUAUCUCAAACAUGAGUCAGUCAAACAUGUUCAUUUUGAUGGUCGUCAUUCCUCUAAUUUUGUCACAGUCAGUGAGAGGGAAGGACUGUGUGUGUGAGCUGCAAAGUUCUGAUCCUGCUUUCCCUGAGAAUAAACUCUUGAACGUUGAGUUCACUGCUUCACAAUGCACUGGGAACAUCACUUCAGAAAAGAUGACAGAGAUUGACAGCCUUGUGUUGGGUCUGCAACAACGUAUCGGGCAGCUUCUGGACAAUGUGUCCAUGCUGGAAAAAGAAGACAAUGGAAAUCUGUAUGCAGCCGUGUCUUUACGCAUUAUUGAAUUAGAGUUAGCGGAGAUUCAAGACCUUCUGAACAAACUCAACAGGACCACCAACAAAUACCAGCAGCUUAGUCUACAAACUUCUGCAGAGCUUCAGGAUAUGGAGGAAACGAUGGAGGAGCUUGAGAAGUUUGACCACAUGCAGGUGAUGGUGAAACAGCGUGAGAACCAGCGUAUUAAGAGGGACCUGGAACGGUGCAAAGAUGUGCUCAAUAGUACAACACCAGCUCCUACACUUUCCCCAGGUCACUGUGGUCUGGGCCGCAUGGUCAAUGUAUCAGGACCUAAAACGUAUUCACUCACUGUGUAUGGAACAUCCUACAGUUUCGGUGCUUGGGGUCGAGAUGCAAAUCCUGCUCCAGGAGACGAGAACUACUGGCUGGUGGUGCUGUCAAGCAGUAAUGUACAUGGCAACUUCAUCCGCCAGUAUGGUACAUUGAGUACUCUUAUAUUAGGUAUAGGACCAACAGAUACAUAUAUAUCAAGCUCCAACCCUACAACAAACACAAUUCAGGGGCCAAACAUGGUCAUGUAUGGCAAUGCGCUCUACUAUAACUGUUACAACACAUACUCUGUCUGUCAGUUCAACAUGUCGACUCGUUCUGUCAGUACUGUGGCUUUACCUAAUGAUGCAGGUUACAACAACAAGUUUCCAUUCGCACACCUCGGCGCAACAUACACCUAUACAGAUAUGGAUUUUGCCACAGAUGAAUCAGGUGUCUAUGUUAUAUACGCAUCCACAAGCAACUUCGGAAAUGUGAUUAUCAGUAAAGUUGAGACUAGUAACCCGCCUGUUUUGAACCAAACAUGGCCCACUUCUCUUCACAAAAGGACCAUCACAAACACCUUCAUGGUGUGUGGUGUGCUUUAUGCUACUCGUUACCUGGAUAAAGAAAUAGAAGAGGUCUUUUACUCUUAUGACACCAAAACCAAUGAAGAGCGAUACGAUUUGAGAAUUCACAUUAAGAAGAUGCAGACUAAUAUUAAGUAUAUGAAUUAUAACCCCAGAGAUCAUUUGCUGUAUGUCUACAGUGAUGCCUACAUUGUGACAUAUGAAACCAUGUUUCAGGAAAUUCAAUGAACUAUACUGUAUAAUGUAUUUUAUGACUUUACAUAUUUGACAUGGUUUUGUAAAAUCAUUUAAAUGUGUAUCACACAUUUUGGUUCUUGAAAUAAAUUUGAGUGAAAAUA